GCUACAGAACUCGUCCAAAAGCGUUUGCUGCGUUUCCAAGCUCAUUUUGAACGUCAUCCUCACUUUUUUUAUUCGGAACAUUAUAUUUUGCCCGAGUUUUCCUCAUUCCCAGCAAAGCCGGGGCGGUCUCCCUCAUUUGGAAUGCAGCCAACUCAAUUUCGCCGUGACGUCAUUUGACGAAGAGGGCGCGCGGUUGCGGCGCGGCCGCGGCCUUCACCGCUUUUAUCACGUGCAAUUGUUUGCUUCGGCCGGGUCGCCACCCAAUUUCUGGCCACAUUGCGACUGAGUCGUCCAGGUGCAGGCAAACAGAAGUCAUAAUCAUGGCUACCGGGUCACACUCGAAGAUCGUCGAUGAAGAUUUAGGACGAGUGAUGGGAAUAUGCCGUUACCUGAAUCUAUCGUUCACUGAACCUCAAACUCGUGCAAUUAUCGAUGCCAUCAACGCAGGCGCAAAUCCUACGGCUCUAGUCCAGUGGUUGCAAGAAGUUGAGAAAUCGAAAAGAGAACCUGCUUUGGAGCAUCCUUCUAUGUCAUCGCUUUGUCAUUCGCGGCGGGUCAUCAUCCUUAUUUUCUCUUCUGGCCUACUUCGAAGGUAG